GCUCAGCCUUGCUCCAAGAGGGUCUGAAGUUCGUCUCGACUCAUGUUCGUGAAGAAGGUGGCAACAUUCCUCCACGCGACACGGCUGGAAGCCUACAAUGUCUAGACCCCACUCAAUAGCACGCAUUCUCGGAUUACUAGAGCAUAUCUGCUACCUAAGAUUAACAUUAUUGCCCGCAAAUGGAGGUCUGCGGCUAGAAAAGAUAUCUCUUACAAUGGCGUCGAUACUAACACACCGCUUGGUCAACAUGAGAGCCCCCUCUAUCACGAGUCUCGAUACUCUCCUGGGGAUCCUCCUCUCCUGCAUCGUGGGAGGUCUCCUAGAGCUCCCCAAGUGCAGAUUUCGUCAAAUGAUGCUUACGCUUCUGAGUAUUGGGAGACCGAGCAUGAGAGAGCGCAGCAUUCGGAGGCAAGGCCUGCGGGAAUGGAGCAUGCGCAGAAGGACCGGUCGCACAGGGAGCAGUCGAAUGCAAGGCAUGCGUGGAAGAAGCAUCCGCAGAUGCCCAACUCAUUGUCAUCGGCGGCCUGGACAAAGGGCAAUCAGUACGUAAGAGAGAGCCUUGAUACGAACAAACGCACAGAAUUCUCGCCGAACGAGUGUUGAAAGUUGUCCUCGUCCCAUCUCCAGCGGUUUGGGGAGUGGUGGGAUCAAGAGUGUUGCCCCCGGGGAACAAUUGCCGUCAAAGGCU